GUGGAAAAUAUUAUUUAAAAAAGUAGAAAGAGAGCUUAUAUAGAAUUUUAUCAGAUGGUAGGUGUUCUUAAUGAUUCCGAUAGCGAGGACGAGUUACCGCCAGGAUGGGAGGAAAGAACAACGUUAGACGGGAAUGUUUAUUACGUAAAUCAUUAUACGAAAGGUACGCAGUGGACGCAUCCUAGAACCGGUCGUAAGAAGAUUGUUGACGGAGAAUUACCACCUGGAUGGGAGAGAUGUAUAUCAGUUGAUGGUAAAGUGCUGUUUGUUGACCAUACAAAUCGUACAACAACCUACACCGAUCCACGCCUAGCAUUUGCUACUGAAUAUAGAGAGAUGUCUCAGCCAAUACGACAAAGAUUCGAUGGAAGUAGCACUGCUCUUGCAGUGUUGCAUGGCCGAGAUUUACGUAACAAAGUUGCUCUUGUUACAGGAGCCAAUACAGGAAUUGGAUAUGAAACAGCUAGAUCAUUAGCUUUACAUGGUUGUGAAGUGAUAUUAGCCUGUAGAAAUAUAGAAAAGGCUAAUGAAGCUAUAAAACGCAUUCAACAGGAAAAGGAGACUGCAAAUUGUGUGGCUUUAGAAAUGGAUUUAGCGUCAUUGCGUAGCGUGCGAGAAGCUGUCGAGCAGUUCAAGCAGAAAUUUAAAUCUCUCCACCUUCUCAUAUUAAACGCUGGUGUGUUUGGAUUAUCUUAUCAACUGACAAAAGAUGGUUAUGAAACGACAUUUCAAGUCAAUUACUUGUCACAGUUUUAUUUGACGCUUUUGUUGGAACAUACUAUACAGAAUUCCAACAAUCCUAGGAUCGUAAUAGUUUCUAGUGAAUCUCAUCGAUUUUCAAUGAUACGUACUCCAGAAGAUAUUCACCAAUCAACUUUAUCUCCAUCAGCGUAUAAAUUCUGGGCGAUAGGAGCGUACAACGAUUCAAAGCUCUGUAAUCUUCUAUUUGCACAAGAACUGGCACAAAAGUGGCCUUCUGUAAGCGUAUUUGCUUGCCAUCCUGGUAAUUUGGUGUCUACGUCCAUAUCGCGUCAGUGGUGGAUAUAUCGAUUGUUGUUCGCUUUAGUACGGCCGUUCACAAAAUCAGUGCAACAAGCAGCGAGUACAGUAGUAUUCUGUGCUACAGCGCCCGAGUUAGAGGGUGUGACAGGAGGCUAUUUCAACAACUGUUAUCGUUGUCAACCAUCGAAUGCGGCAUUAAAUCUUGCAUUAGCCGAGCGAUUGUGGACUCUCAGUCAGGACAUGAUAACAGAUUUUUUAAAAAGAAAUGGGGAUAAUCAUAAAGAUGAAUAAGAGAGAGAGAGAGAGAAAGAGAAAAAGAAA